UCUGAACAUCAUCUUCAGUUGGCUGCAGUAAGCCCUUUAUAAGCAUAAAUGCAAAGCUUUCCCAUCUCAGGCAGAACCACGCGGCAAACAGAGCGCGGGAAUUUCCCGGCCGGCUCGCCCCAGCUUCGGCGGACAAUCAAGACCCAAGGCAGAGUGGGAGGGAUUGCGAUUCCUGGCCAAUCAGCACCCUCUUUGUCUUCGCGUGAGGAGAAGCGAGGCAACCAAUCAGAAAGCGGAGGCCGCGGCUCCCCCGCCGCUCUUCGCUCUGCCGAGCUGAUGCAGGAAUGGAAAUCUGGCCGUGAACGGCCGUUGGCGGUCCCCGACGCCUCCCCCUCGCGUCAUGCUGAUCACGCUCUGCUACUUGUACCUGUGGGCGCGCUGGGGGGCUUGUUCGGCUGAGCUCAUCCGGCGCACAGUGCACCGGCUGUACCGAACCAGGUGUUCGUUUACGUUCUGCUCUUCCUCCUCCUCCGGCUGCAGCUCUUCCUCCAGCCUCGGUUGUCCUCGCCUCACGUUGGAUCAACAGCCCCCCCACCUUCCGCUUUGCAAACAGGAGGCACCCCGCCUCUCCGAGGAGAUAAUCUGCCUCAGGGUGGGCGACAAGAUUUUCUUCACUGGCGAGACUCAGUCCCUUGAUGAUUUAAACAAAUGGACAUUACUUAUUGUAUCACCUUUUAGUUAUUUGGAACAAGUAUUUGAAGCUGAACAUAUUACAUUUGUAACUGAAGGUAUUUUCAUUCAAGCAAGUAGUUCACAAGCUGUAACUUGCUCAGCAAAAAAGAUUGUGAAGUGUUCAGAUUUUUGUUCUCCUUUGGCCUUUAAAACUGGGAAGCCCUACAUAUUAUUUGCUGAAGCCAGCAUAGAUAAUUUUAGUAGCCUUGGGAUAGCAUUCUUGGAAGACAGACUCCAAAUGGAUAACGGGAUGGUACCUCAAAAAAUUGUCUCUGUGGACCUGAAGAAAUCAGCCCUGGAAGAAUUAAAAUUGGCUCCAAGUACCAAAGAGGAGGAGAAAGCUGGUCAGAUACAGACUGGUGAACUGUCACAAGACUCACUUUUUGAAAAUACUGAUAAAUCUCAGGUGGAAGCUGCUGAUUGUGCAGGAAGUGGUGAUCAAGAAAUGCACCAAGAGAAAUGCAGAAUGCAGAAAAUAAAUGAACAUCAUGAAGAACUUGAGCAAUUAUCUGAAAAGGAAGGAGAUACUUCAGAACAUCAUCACUUACAUCUUUCCAGCUGCCAUGAAUGCUUGGAACUGGAGAACAGUACAAUUGAGUCAGUUAAAUUUGCCUCUGCGGAAAAUAUCCCAGAUCUUCCUGAUGAUUAUAGUGGCAGUGUAGAAGAAGUUAGUGGUGAUUGUAUAACAGGAAAUAUGCAAAGAGUAAACUUGACUGGGAAGCCUCCUAAUAUUUUAAUUUAUCUUGGUUCUGAUUCUAAAAAAGUUAAAUUUGAAGAAAUAAAAUCAGUCAUAAUGGAUUGUGUUGAUAUUAAUGCUUACACCAUCUACCAGUUGUUAGAGAAACAAGUUCUGACUGUUCCUUGGGUUGACAAUGCAAUGCUUCUGAUUAUUGCUGUAUCAGAACCCAUUUCAGAAGCUGUGUCCAAACAGUUUCUAGCUUUUAUGUCAAAAGGUGGGAAGAUUUUGGGACUUUCUACCUCUUUCACAUUUGGUGGUGUACAAAUAAAGAGCAAGAAUGAAAUAAUGGACACAAUACAAACCUUAGUAUUUUCAAAAGAUAAGAACAAUGAAAUUAAAUUAAAUGUUCUAGCUAGUGGAAAAUGUUUUGAGGUGGACGUUUCAGAAGAGCUCAACCCUGUGAAGCCACUUGGUUAUUUUGACAAUCCAGAUAAAGAUACGAUGGUUGUUCAUCUAUCAUAUGGAAAUAAUGGAGGAGAAGCAAUUCUGUCUCAGGCACAUUUGGAAGUGAAUGUCAAAAGUUUAUGUCGAUCUAAGGAUGAUUUCAAUAUGCUCAAAAUAAGCAAUGCUAGAAGAUAUGAUGUACUUGUUGAAAUCCUGAAGCUACUGGGGUUGAGCUGUGAAUUAAGUACUAUUCCUUCAUUAACUCCUAUUUAUCUGCUGUCAUCUGAUAAGGUUCUCCACAAUACUUUUUUGGAGUGGCUCAGAAGAAAUAUGACUGCGGAAGGAUUAAUCACAUCCAGCAAGGUGUCUCUUAAGUUUGUAUCCUCUUGCAGUGAAAAUAUGGAAAUAACACCUUUGCUCAUUCCAGUAGUUACUGAGAUGGAAGCACUUUCAUCUGAAAAAUUUAGCUUUGAGAGAUAUAAGCAAAAUCUUGAUACUAGGAUCCUGGGGAAAACAGUCUUGUUUUCUGAAGUUACAUCAACCACAAUGAAUCUUCUUGAUGGAUUGAUGUACAAGAUGCCACAGGAAAUGGGUCUCAUAGCAAUAGCAGUUCAACAAACUCAAGGAAAGGGACGUGGUGGAAAUAUCUGGUUGAGUCCUGUGGGAGCUGCUCUGUCAACUUUGCAUAUUACUAUUCCUUUGUCUUCAAAAUUGGGACAAAGGAUUCCAUUUAUUCAACAUUUAGUGUCUCUAGCAGUUGUGGAGGCUGUUAGAUCCUUACCUGGAUAUCAGGAUAUAGAUCUCCGGGUAAAAUGGCCUAAUGAUAUUUACUACAGUGACCUUAUGAAACUUGGUGGUGUUUUAGUAAAUUCCACAUUAACGGGAGAUAUGUUCCAUAUACUUAUUGGGUGUGGAUUUAAUGUAAAUAAUAGCAACCCAACUAUAUGCAUCAAUGAUCUCAUUUUGGAGCACAAUAAGAUAAAGAAUACAAUGUUAGAGCCCUUAAAUGCUGACUGCCUGAUUGCAAGAAGUGUGUCCAUACUGGAAAAUCUGAUCAACACCUUUCAGGAGGAGGGACCAAAUGGAAUUCUUCCCAUGUACUAUAAGUACUGGGUGCACAGUGGUAAGCAAGUCCGACUCAGAAAUGAUGAUGGACCAAUGGUGUGGAUUGUUGGAAUUGAUGAUUCUGGAUUCCUUCAGGUUUAUGAGGAAGGCAAAGAUGUUAUGACUGUGCAUCCAGAUGGCAAUUCUUUUGAUAUGCUGAGAAAUCUUAUAAUUCCUAAACAAUAGUUUUUCAGCAUGGUAAAACAACCAUUCACUUAGCAGACUGUUCUGUAUUCAGCACAUAAUAUGAGCUGAGCUUAGCUAAGGCAGUAUCAAAAUUUUUCUUCUUUUUAAGGCUAGAAAAUAACAAUAUAAUAUAUUAAGCAAAGUAAUUAAUUUUGCAUAAUCAGCUUUUUGUAAGGUCCUCAUAUCAGUGAGCUGGUAUUUGGAGGCUUUCCCUGUUUAUUUUCUUUUCUUUCAAGAUUCUGUACAAAUGUGAAAAAAGCAUUGCAGUAAGUAUUAAAAUCAAUAAUACCUAAUUUCUGACAUGGAUCAUUUGGAAUUUUUCAAAAGAAACUCUGUUAUCUUAUGAUGCAUAUUCUUCAGACUUCUGCUUAUAGUAACUUUUAGCACUAAUUAACAUACUACUUUGUCUUAUUUCUGUUUUUUAGAAGGAAAAGUGUUUUGCAAAAAAAAUCUAGGUUAUUAAAAUAAUAGACCAGCUGAUUUUAAUGUAGGGAGUAAAUGGCUGUAUGCUUUUUUGAAACUCAGUUUUAAAAUAUGCUAUACAAUUAUAAAUAAAUGAUCAAAAGUGAAUUUAGCUGUUUGAAAGAGAUUUGCCUAGGCUAUGCUGGAAACAAAACUUUUCACAGUUUUUGGUGCAUACAAGUUUUGCAACUAAACAGUUCUAGAAUUAAUUCAGUAGAACUCUACAUGUUCUUUUUAUGUUUCCCAAUUUCAUAAUGUUAUUUUCUGGCUUCCUUUCUUUAGGUCACCCCACAAAGAAUAAAGAGCAAUCUGUGCAAAUAGGAUUAAUUUAUAAUUUUUUCUAAGACUAACAGAACCGGUAACGCUACAAUAUCUGCUGUAGCUUACUUUAUGCUUUAAUUCAGAAUUUUCACAUUUGUCAUUCACUCAGUAAGAUUGCUUAGGUUCACUGAUCUUCUUUGAUGUUAUAUUCAAAUCCAAAUAAAGAUGGUUCUGUGAUAUUUUCAUCCUCAAAGAUAUUUUUCAAAAAUCUUGGAUGCACAAUGGCUUUUAAGGAUUGAUUUUUGGUUUGUAGUCUACACAAACACCCAAUCUAUAAUUUUAAAACAGUUCCAACAUACUAGGGAAUUGAGAUAACCUGGCCUCUUUAUGAAUGCUGUAGGCUUUAAAAUAUUAUCUUUUGGUUCAAGUUCUGCCCCAAAACAUGCAGAUUUAGCAGGAUUGUAUAAGUAAAGGUUCACUUCACAAAGAAUCUAAAAAUAAGUGUAUUGGCUUAAUUAUGAAUCCAAGAAGCCUUAAAACAAGCAAGCAUGCUAAUCUGUAAUGAAGGAUGUGGUAUCUUGCAUUUUGGAGGCUGGAUAAUUUGUCGGUGUAUUACUAGAUAUUAAAUUGUUCCUUUCAUUGAAAAUGAAGAUGUCGACUUUUGGUACUUAAUGUUUUCCACACUGAUAUUGAUAAUUGUUUAAACUACAUUUUGCUUAAUGCAUUGCUAUCUAACUUUUUUAAAAGAAUAAAAUAAUUACAUUAAUUUUCA